AUGUUGAUGAACGUCUACCGUGACGAACGCCGCAGGAUUCGCGUCGCUUGCAUGACGGAUGGCCAAAUAUUCAACCAACAGCGACUGCCUUCUUACCGCCGCCUCCGAGGGGACAUGCAAAGUAGCACUGACCUCCUCGCAGCCGUUUCCGACAAAAACGGCCUGGUCAUCAACACGGAGAAAACGGUGGUUAUGCGUCAACCGUCACCCAACGCUGCCCAAAUCGCCCCCAAAAUCAACAUGAACGGCGCCCAAACACAUGCCGUGGAUAGCUUCGCAUAUUUGGACAGCACCAUCACGCGCACCAUCAAAAUCGACCGAAUCUCCAAGGUCAACGAAGUCUUCGGUCGCCUACAAAACACCAUCUAG